UGUCCCGGAACAAAUAUUACGUGACACUACAAUGAGAUUAGCAAAAUUAAGAGGUUUUUGUGAUAGACAUCCUAUGUAUAAAUCAUCUCCCCAUAUUAUUGGAGAUACCACAACGCUUUUGAGAGAAUUCGCUAUACCUUUCGAAUUGGUUGAAAGUGAAUUAUCUAUAGUACAUGCUAUUGAAGUUAAUCCUCGUCGAAAUGAUAUAGAUAAUAUUUGGACAAAAAUAAUACGAAAAGCAUCACAACGAGCAACCGAUACGGGAUCAAUUCAACCUAUAGCAGAUAUAAUAUUAGAGAGUGCUCAAAAAUUUUAUCCCCAUGAUUUACGCGUAUUCCCACUACAAACAAUUGUACGUCUUGUUGCAACAUAUUUAAUUGAUAAUCGAAUCAACGAACCUUAUUUUAUUACAAGGAUUCUGAGACAAGCGAAUGUUGCAUAUGGUGAUCUGUUCAAUACAUAUCAUCAACUUUAUUCAAAUAGGGCUGAACCCUUUAAUAAUAGUCAACCCGGAGGUGGAAUGGAACUUUUACUUAGUGAAUUGGCUUAUGUGCUUAAUCAGUGGAUUAAAUCUGCUGAUGAACGUAUACAUGGAUAUAUAUCCGAAUAUUUAACGACUGUUAGUCAUUUUGCAUUUAGACAAGAUUUGGCACAUGAAUUUUUGGAAAUACAAAGAAAACUCGAAGCAUUUUCAGCUAAUAUGUUCGAAUAA